AAGCAGCAUAUGAAGAUGAUGAUCACUACUUCCUCUAAACUUUUCUUCUUUUCAUCAUUCCUUGCACUUUGCUUCAUGCUAUGUCCUACAGAAGCUGCUUCUCGGCUGCCAGACACAGAAGUGGAAGCUCUGAAGCAAAUAACAAAAACGCUCGAUUGGGACUUGAAGAACAUAGAUCCAUGCAGUGUGGGGGGGAUUAUUUCAAACCCAGUUCGCUCAACAUCAGAAAUAAUUAAUGUUUCAUGUGAUUGCUCCAUUGCUAAUGACAACUUCUGCCAUAUCAUUACCAUAAUACUGAGUGCACAAAAUCUUCAAGGAAAGCUCCCUCCAGAACUUGUCAAGCUGCCAUACCUUCAAGAGAUUAACCUUACCCGCAAUUACCUUAGCGGUACGAUUCCUAGAGAAUGGGGUACAAUGAACCUUACCAAAAUUGCACUUGUUGCAAAUGGACUGAGUGGUGAAAUCCCUAAGGAGCUAGCAAACAUCACCACUCUCAAAACUUUGUCCCUAGAGUUCAAUAAUUUCUAUGGGAAUCUUUCAGUUCUUGGAUCUCUUCCACACCUUGAAAUACUGGAUCUUACCUCUAAUAAUUUCACUGGAGAACUGCCUGAAACAUUUUCAAAUCUAAUCACAUUAAAGGAACUCCGUCUUGGUGAUAAUCAAUUCUCAGGAAAAAUACCUAAUUUCAUACAAAAAUGGACAGGACUUGAAAAUCUAGUAAUACAGGGGAGUGGUUUUACUGGGCCAAUUCCAUCUGAAAUUUCAUAUUUACUUAAUUUAGAAGACUUGAGGAUUAGUGACCUGAAUGGACCUCAGUCUAAAUUCCCACCUCUCGAUAAUAUGACAAACUUGGGAGUAUUAGACCUCAGCUAUAACAAAUUAGGAGGAGAAAUUCCAGAGUCUCUUACAUCGCUAUCAAGUAUAAAGUACAUAUAUUUAACUGGAAACAUUCUCACUGGACAAGUGCCCGCCGAUUGGACUGCAUCCAUAGAUCUUUCAUAUAACAACUUCACCAACUCCCCACAAACAGUGACAUGUCAAACGUCAAGCAUGAACUUGUUUGCGAGUUUUGCAAAAGGCAACAACACAGGACCUCUUUCUUGUGGGCAAAGCAAAGGAAUAUGCCCAAAAUACUAUUAUUCUUUCCAUAUAAAUUGUGGUGGAGAUAGUAAUGUACAGAAAGGAAGGAUAAUAUAUGAGAGUGAUUCAUAUAAGGGAGUGCCAUUUAAGAAAAGUAGAGCUGAAUCAUCAAAUUGGGCAAUUAGUACAACUGGUGUUGAUUUCAUGGAUAAUGUUCAUCAGUACGACCUUAUCCAAGAAAAUGAAACCAAACUUGACAUAGUUGAUGAUGCUGAUCUUUAUACAAAGGCACGUGGUUCUCCCAUUUCUUUGACUUACUAUGGCUUUUGCCUGGCAAAUGGAAACUACACCGUCAAUCUCCACUUUGCAGAGAUCGUUUUUAUCAAUGGCACCACAUAUAAGAGCCUAGGAAGGCGUAUAUUUGAUGUAUACAUUCAGGGAGAGCGUGUUCUAAAGGAUUUCAAUAUUGCAAAAGAAGCAAAAGGAAUCGGAAAGGCAAAUAUUCAAAAUUUGAGUGCUUACGUGAGCAACAAUGAGUUAGAGAUCCGGUUAUAUUGGGCAGGGAAAGGUACUACUGGUGUUCCAUAUAGAUCACAAUAUGGCCCUCUUAUAUCAGCAAUUUCUGUCACUUCUGACUCAUUACCUAAGCACAAUCACAUAUCUACAAGGCUAAUGGCUGGAAUUGUUGCUCCAACAGUCAUAGUUAUCAUCCUAAUUAUUUGUCUACUUUGGUGGAAAGGUUGUCUAAGAAAGAAAACAUCAUUAGAAAAAGAGCUAAGAAAUUUAGAUCUACAAACUGGUCUAUUUUCCUUGCAUCAAAUUAAGGCAGCAACAAACAACUUUAAUAUCUCCAAUAAAAUUGGUGAAGGAGGCUUUGGCCCUGUUUAUAAGGGUAUUUUACCAAAUGGCACUAUAAUAGCAGUCAAACAACUUUCAUCUAAAUCAAAGCAAGGAAACCGUGAGUUCAUCAAUGAGAUAGCAAUGAUCUCAGCAUUACAACACCCUUGUCUUGUUAAACUUUAUGGAUGCUGUGUUGAGGGAGAUCAAUUAUUGUUGAUAUAUGAAUAUAUGGAAAACAAUAGCCUUGCAUAUGCAUUAUUCGGGAACAAAGAGAAUCAAUUAAAAUUGAAUUGGCCAACGAGACAGAAGAUUUGUGUUGGUAUUGCUAGAGGUUUGGCUUUUCUCCAUGAGGAAUCAAGAUUGAAAAUUGUUCAUAGGGAUAUUAAGGCAACUAAUGUGUUGCUCGACAAAAAUUUAAAUCCAAAAAUUUCUGAUUUUGGUUUAGCCAAACUCCAUGAAGAGGAUGCUACUCACAUUAGUACUCGAAUAGCUGGGACAUAUGGAUAUAUGGCACCUGAAUAUGCAAUGAAUGGUUAUUUGACUGACAAAGCAGAUGUUUAUAGUUUUGGAAUUGUUGUCCUGGAACUUGUUAGUGGAAAGGCUAAUACUAUUCAUCGAUCAAAGGAGGAAGUGUUAUAUCUUCUUGAUUGGGCACAUUUGUUGAAAGAGAAAGGCAUGCUCAUGGAGCUAGUUGAUCGAAGGUUAGGUUCAGAUUUUAAUGAAGAGGAAGUAAUGGUGAUGAUCCAAGUAGCUCUGUUAUGCACCAAUGCAACUGCAAAUCUUAGGCCUUCCAUGUCUUCAGUUCUAAGCAUGCUUGAAGGCAAAAUCAUUGUUCCAGAAUUCGUUUCAGAUCAAAGUGAAUUAAUGGAUGAGAUGAAGUUAGAGGCAAUGCGACAAUAUUACUAUCAAAAGGAAGAAAAUAAAAUAAAUGAGGCCAACAAUAAUGUGUCACAUAAUGUUGUUGAAGAACAAUGGAUUGCUUCAUCUUCGUCUGACCUCUAUCCUAUGCACAUUGAUUCUUCAUCAUAUUAUUGGGAGCAAAGAAACUAGUUAAUAGAGUGUGUGUAAAUUCCAUUACUAUUCCGUAGAGAUUUU